AUGUCGGCAGCAUCAUCCAUCACCGCAAUCCACGUGGAGAACAUCGAGUUCCCAGCGGUGGUUACCUCUCCGGUCACCGAGAAAUCAUAUUUCCUCGGCGGUGCCGGUGAGAGAGGGUUAACUAUCAAUGGAACUUUCAUCAAGUUCACUUGCAUUGGAGUAUAUUUGGAGGACAAAGCAGUAGAAUCUCUUGCCACUAAAUGGAAGGGUAAAACCUCCGAAGAGUUGCUUGAUACUCUUGACUUCUACAGAGACAUCAUUUCAGGUCCGUUUGAAAAGUUGAUUAGAGGAUCAAAGAUAAAGGAACUGAGUGGUCCUGAGUACUCAAAGAAGGUUAUGGAGAACUGUGUAGCACAUUUGAAAUCUGUUGGAACAUAUGGAGAUGCAGAAGUUGAAGCUAUGCAAAAAUUCGCUGAAGCUUUCAAGACUGUUAAUUUUCCACCUGGUGCUUCUGUUUUUUACAGGCAAUCAUCUCAUGGAAUAUUAGGGCUAAGUUUCUCAAAAGAUAUAAGUAUACCAGAAAAGGAGGAUGCAAUUAUAGAGAACAAAGCAGUGUCAUCUGCAGUGUUGGAAACUAUGAUUGGUGAGCAUGCUGUUUCUCCUGAUUUGAAGCGCUGUUUGGCUGCAAGAUUACCUGCAUUGUUGAAUGAGGGUAAUUUCAAGAUUGGAAAUUGA